AUGCAAGUAUCCAAUUUGCUCUCGAAUGGAGAGCACAAUACUCUCAAAAAGAUGGCGCCUGCAAAAUCGGUCUCUUUUGAGUUGCUCCUUGAUGAAGGCUCAAAGACCAGGGCACGGAUCCCGCUCCGAGUGGUACUGAACAAUCAUGACAGUACAGAGUCCAUCAUCACCACAGUGAAGAACUUCUAUGGCAUAUACGAUGGCCGGGGGGUGAGCUUUGAAGAUGCAGUGGGGAUCACACUGAUUCCUUCGUAUGAAAAUCUGUCCCCUGAAUCCACUGUCUAUGUGAGAAUUGUGCCAGCACCACAGCAGCCGCUGGGAGCAUAUCCUCUUCCCAACUAUGGCAACGAGAAUGGGUAUGAGCCUAAGCGGCGACCAAGCCUUGGCGAGCCAUUCCAAAUGCUUCCGCCUCAUAUGCGGGAGCAGUCGCAUUCUCCUUCAAGGCCUGCAUCACGGCUAGCUCGAAAGAGAAGUGUCUCCCCAACACAGUAUCGAGGACGCCGUAGUGCCUCACAACAAAAGGGAGGUCCGAUCCCCACGGCUAGCCGCGGGUCAAGUGCCAAUGGGAGCUUGCAUGAAGAAGAUGGCUACAGUGAUAGCGAGGCAGGGCGCAGCUCAGUCUCUGGCUCCAAGAAAGCGAGAAGCGAGCAAUAUGUAAGCUCGGAAAUCUCUACUGCCAAUGUGCUUCAGGAUGGAAGACGUGGACAGCCCAUUUUCGAUAGUUCAACUCUACCACUCUUUGUACCUCCCCAAGUCCCUGUCGCCGCUUCACAGUCGUCCAUAUCACCUCAACGACGAUCACUUCCACAAGAAGGCCCCUCGCCCUUCCAUCCUCCUGCGCAAAAGCUAUACGGCCUGCAACAAGUACCAGUACUGUCCCCACAAAGUUAUGGAACAGGUCAAGGCACAUACGGCUUUCGCGCGGGUGCCGAGGUCGGCACUCCUGUACCACAACAUGGUCACCGCCUGCGAGACAGAACAAAUUUGUACCAAGGACAUAAUGGACGUCCGUCUAAUGGAGUGUUGCCAACACCUGAUCCAACCGUUGCCAGCUGCAUCUCAGAUGAAGACGUCGCCCGUACUUUGAUUGCGUUGGGUGAUGUUUCCAACUAUUCUCACGGACGUACCUCGAACUCGACCAUAGAUGAGACACUCAGUGGUGCUGCCGAUGCCGCUUCUUCCACCGGCGCAACAAGCGACAGUGAUGAAUACAGCGACACAGAAGGAGGGCUACCUAAAUACAGGAAAUACUUGGACGAUGAGGACGAAGAUUACGAUCAGAGCAGUCCCGCUCGUGAGCAAGACGAGUUCGAGGGUCAGCCCAAAACCAAGAAAAUAAAGACAAAAAUGCAUGAUGGGCCGAGCAAUGGCUACCGAACUAAACAGAGUUCUUCCUUGAAGAACGGAAAAUCCAUUAAGAUCCGUUCAAACACUUUGCCAAAGAUGACGAAACACUCGAGCCAACCGAGUAUCAGCAAGAUGCCUUCUGCACCUGCUGCUAACCAGGCUCGGAAGCUCUCUACUUCGAGUGUCAGCUUUCAGCACCCGCUAGCUGCAGAUGAAGAAGAUCUAUCUUCCAAGCCUCGUUGCCAGCGAUGCCGAAAGAGCAAGAAGGGUUGUGAUCGCCAACGCCCUUGCGGUAGAUGCAAAGAUGCAGGUAUUGGGAUCGAAGGAUGCAUCAGUGAAGAUGAAGGCAAUGGCCGUAAAGGCCGCUAUGGGCGCCACAUGGGCGUCCCCGUCAAGAAAACAUCCGUCGACAAUGCGACACUUGAUGACCCAUCCAUGGUUCACCUCGGCGGCCACCACAAUGAUAAUGCUGUUGUCGGUAGCAGCCCCGAUAAGAGCAAGAAGAGGAAGAGAUAA